GCUCGGCCCGGAGGCUCCUUGGCCCGUCGAACCAGCACAUUCAAGCCUGGUCCUUGUGAUGCCCGCCCCGUGUCGGAGAAAACCAGGGCUCGAGUUGUACGAUGCGCUCCUUCUACGCCUACCCACAGGCUUGUGGCGAUCUUGCCUGCCGCCUCCGCCGGCGGCCUCCAGCUCUUUAGCAGACUACUUCAUUUCCCGCACUUCUCAUGCGGGGAAAGGCGGUGACCGCCUCCUUGACAAGGUCGGACCUUAA